AUGGAUAUCCUGGAGUGUGGUAAGAGUUGCCUCCUCUUGCGUUUCUCGGAUGGCUCAUUUACUACAAGUUUUAUCACGACCAUUGGAAUUGACAAGAUCAAUGCAAAUUUGGGAUACUGCUGGGCAAGAGCGGUUUCGAACAUUACAACUGCUUACUACCGUGGAGCCAUGGGUAUUUUGCUCGUCUAUGACGUGACUGAUGAGUCAUCUUUCAAUAACAUUAGAAAUUGGAUCCGUAAUAUUGAACAGCAUGCUUCGGAUAAUGUCAACAAGAUUCUGGUUGGUAAUAAGGCUGACAUGGAUGAAAGCAAAAGGGCCGUCCCUACCUCAAAGGGCCAAGCUCUUGCUGAUGAAUAUGGCAUCCAGUUCUUUGAAACUAGUGCAAAAACAAACUUAAAUGUUGAGGAGGUUUUCUUUUCGAUAGCCAGGGACAUUAAGAAAAGACUUGCGGAUACUGACUCCAGGCCUGAGCCACAGGCAAUCAAAAUUAACCAAACCAACCAGGCUGCAGGGGGUGCGGCCGGCACUCAAAAAUCAGCUUGCUGCGGAUCUUGAACAAACUAUGUUGAGAAUAAGAUCUGAAGGGUACAUUCUUUACUACUGUAGUAGCUGUUU